GGUUUGGGCUCCAUCGGCCCAAAUCGGACCGCACCCAUCUAUCAUCAUCUCAUCUAUCUUCUUCAGAGCGGGGCAGGCCUUUUUUCCGGCUCCGACAGAUUAACAUGAAGCCCAUGGCCCAUAGGAGAAGGAGAGAGCGAGAGAGUAGUAGUGUAACAAUUGCCCAAGGGCAGGAUCGGAAACGACGCAGCGCCAGCAAAGAAAGAAAAAAAGUAAUCGCGUCGACACUAAUGUGCGUCCUCUUUGCCGAUUCGUUCCGUUCCCUAUCCUCUCUUUUUAAGCAGCAACCAGCAAGUGAUCGUCUGAUCGACAGCAAACUCCAUUGAUCGGCCAGUGCGUCCCUUUCGCCUCCUCCUCCUCACCUCCUCACGCAGCAGCAGACAACGAUCAUGGCAACCCUCACCUCCUCCUCCUCCUCCUCCUCGCCGCGCUGCGUCCCUUUCGCCUUCCGCCGCGGCGGCGAGCGCCGCGCUCGCGGGCUCCCGGCGCCACCGGCAGGCGCCCACGCCACCGGGCCAGCAGCAGCAGCCGGGUGCGGCCGGCCGCUGUGCCGCGCAGCGGAGGUGGUGGGCGGCGGCAUCCGGGGCGCCUUCUUCGCGUCCCUGGACCGGUGCUCCUGCGUGGAGGUCCGCACCAAGCACGACGACUCCUUCAGGAUGGUCGACGCCGCGGAGGCCGCGCCCCUCAUGCGCCACGGCCGCUACAGCGGCGGCGCCGCAUCGGGAGACGACGACACGGCCGCCGCCGCCGCCGCCGCCGAGGUGCCGCGCGGCUGGAGGAGGGCGUCGUCGUCGGCCGGGAAAGGCGGCAACAAGCAGCGGCGCGGAGGACUCGGGUGCUGCGACGCCAACAGCACUAGGACUGUCAACUGAUCAUUAGCUCUUUGUUCCAUACUUCCAUUUCUCCGUUGUUGAGAUAGACACCGUACCAGUAGCGGCUAUUUUGUUCUGUACCAUCGUGCAUGGAUAUUGUGUUAAUGAGUCAGACAUAUUUAUAGCAUAUAUACAUGCAGUUCGUUGCACAGGAUCGAUCAUGCAUCGAUGUUUUGUACAUUUGUUCUUGACCUUGACUCAAACAAUACUGAAUAUUGAUUCA